GACCAUGGCACUCCACGUCGUAAUGCCACGACCACAGUUUACAUCACAGUUGCUGACCUUAAUGAUAACAAGCCAUACUUUCCACAACUGCCUAUAGGAAAGCAGCUGCAUGUCAAGGUUCCAGAAGGUCAGAAAGGACACAUGUUGCUGACUACUGUUUUUGCAAGGGAUCCUGAUGCUGGUGGUAAUGGGACUAUAUGGUACUCAUUGUCUUCGGAUGAUGAUCUUGGUCAUUUUUUUAUUAAUGUUUCUAAUGGUGAAAUUUGGACAACCCAACCUUUCUCAGUUAGCCAGAAGUCAUACUAUUGCUUAACAGUAACAGCAAGGGAUCAGGGGGUCCCUCCUCUGGAGGAAUAUGUAACUGUGAAUAUUCAGGUCAUUUCAACUUCUAAAGAAAAAUCAAAAGGCAUGGUCGAACUAAAAAACUUGAAGAUUCCAGAGGAUGCAAAACCUUCUGAA